AUGUCCUCGACAUCCCAGACCCUCCUAGGUCCUCACCACAUACUCUCACCAGACGCAGAGACUUUCUCCACCCCACCGACCACUCCUGGGUUUGGCGCUUUCCAGAAUAAAUCAGUCAUUGCUCCUUCACUAUCCCGGAGAAGCAGUAGGCCGUCGUCUCUACACAUUGAUCGCAAGCAGUCAGACUGGAAUCCUGACAUAGAACUGUGGACAACCUCCCCUGAUGUAACCAAGAAAGCAAACGGAAAUCCAUUACCCCCUCCUGUUUCUCUCGACCCAACUGUCAUUCCAUCGUCUCCGAAAAAUAUCCAUCCUCCCCACCAACACACACCCUCUAUCAAGCCAGUAAACUCUCCCUGCUUCGUUCAUUCGCAACUUGACAAAGGCGCACAUUUAACUGAUUGGCUUAAGAACAAGCAAAAUUUUGUGGACAGUAGCGAUGUAGGGGUCGCUAGAAAUCUGCAACACUUAGGCAGUCCGGGGCAAUCUUCAACCUUCUCACCACAAGCAUCCGCGUUCAGUUCUACUCAUGAUAGCGACGAAGACGAGUUCGUGGGCAGUCUGACAAAACGAUUGGCAGAAACCGCCGUAGGUGUACGGGAAAUGAGCAAACAACUAGUCACAAAGGCCCGAGAUAAUCGACUUAUCAAACUUACUCGAGAACUGGCCCUAUAUCUUAUGCUUAAACAUAGACGAGGCUCCCAACGCGGGCUGGUAGUAUAUGUGGACAACCAACUUCGAACAUCAAGACGUUUCGACGCUGAGGGUAUCGAACGUGAUCAUCCAGAAUUGUUUGUACCAUUCCCUAGGCGUCGGACAUCCAGCACCCAUUCAGUAUCCUCGCUUUCGUCCACAUCAACCCACAAAGAAGACCAUGAUGAAGGCCAACUUCGCUACUGGACAAGCAGCAUGUGCAAUCAUAGCCCUCAUCUUUUUGAUUUUGUUGUCACACUUGGAGGGGAUGGAACUGUCCUAUUCACCUCAUGGCUUUUCCAACGAGUCGUCCCCCCUGUCCUUCCAUUUGCCCUAGGAUCUUUGGGCUUCCUCACUAAUUUCGACUUCGCUGAUCAUCAGGCUGUCAUGGAUUCCGCUAUUGAUAAUGGCAUUAGAGUUAAUCUGAGAAUGCGCUUUACAUGCACGGUGUACAGAGCAGUUGCCAAUGAAGAAGGUAAAGGACGGAAGGCUGUUAAAAAGGGUGAGACGGGCGAGAUAAUGAUGAAGAAUAUCGAAAAAGGGGGUUGGGAGGCACUUGAAGGCGGCUUUUCAAUGGGCGAUGGCAAAAGUAGUUCCAGAGACAAGGAAAUCAUGUGCUUCACCACUCGACCUGCGGAAACUUUCGAAGUUUUGAACGACCUUGUUGUCGAUCGAGGUCCAAGUCCAUACGUGUCGCUUUUAGAAUUGUUUGGUGACGAGCACCAUAUGACCACAGUUCAAGCAGAUGGACUAACUGUCUCUACUCCUACGGGAUCAACUGCUUACUCGUUAUCAGCUGGAGGCUCUCUCGUUCAUCCUGAAAUCCCUGCCCUCCUAAUAACGCCUAUAUGCCCACAUACAUUAUCCUUUAGACCAAUGCUUCUACCCGACAGUAUGGAACUUAGAAUCUGUGUCCCAUUCAAUUCCAGGAGCACUGCAUGGGCUUCAUUCGAUGGUAGAGGACGCGUUGAGCUAAAACAGGGUGAUCACAUCAAAGUCACAGCGUCAAAAUAUCCGUUCCCCACUGUUUGUGCCGACAAACAGUCAACAGAUUGGUUUCAUGCCAUUUCGCGCACCUUGAAAUGGAACGAACGUGAACGUCAAAAGUCAUUUGUCGUCGUUGAGGAAGAGGGUCCUCCUAAACAACACAAAAAACGAAGCAAGCGAUCUGGCACGAUAUCCGAGACAAAGGUUCAGAAUCCAACCUCUGCGGAGGCCGAGGAUUCUCCAAUUGAUGAUGAAGAGGACGAGGUGACUGACGAAGAGGAGGACAAAUUCGACAUAGACGAUUCAUCCCCAGAAGCAGAGUCCAAUCAAGCCGUGGUGGCAAACGGUUUGAAGUCUGCUGAAAAAGCAACGGGCCAAGAGAAAGCGGCAGACCUUCGACCUCAUUUGUCGGGAUUAAAACGUAAAUCCAAAUCGCGUUCGCGCUCUCGACCCCCUCCUCCUCACUCAGGGGUAGCCUCCCCUAGUCGAUUCGCGAACUCUGUGCCAUAUUCUUCCAGUAUUCCGACACGUCAUGUUGGAUUCGAUUUAUCAAGUCCGCACUCGUCAACGCCAUCGUCCCCUGAGUCCUCACAAAAUACUCAGCAAGGUUCUCGUGAUAAUUUUCAUGGAUCACACCAGCUAAGCGGUAGGAGCAAAAUACCGAAGGAUCGAGAACUAGACCUUGAAGCUGUCAAAACACCAACAGCAAGCUCCCUUGUGUAUGGACGAGGACGUGGCCAUUCUCGAACGCGUUCCAUUGAUCAUCCUGAACCUCGAGCAUUUGCUGUUUGGGGUCAUGAUGAAAGUGACAGCAACGCCAGUGACAACGAAAUAUCAUAA